CAGGAAAACUUUUGUAUUAAAUGUGACGAACAGUUAGUUGUUGAGAUGAUUAAUGCAAAUGUAAAGAUGGGACUAGCUAUAAAGAUCCUUUUGUUAAUGCUCAAUUUUCUCAUCAAUGAACUAGCUCAUCGUCACUCUUAAAUUCCAGGAUAAUGGCAACAAUGGUACGGGUGAAGAGGAGAUCGGCUGCUUUGUUAUCAUUGCUUUGUAUUCAUGUUCUUGUGGUGAGUGUGUUUGCUAGAGAUGUGGUGUCUGUCAGAAAAGAUGACAGUGAUGAGAAGUUCAUAAGCAUUGACAAGGGUGGUAGAUAUGGGAGUGGUUUUGGAGGUGGAGGAGGUGCUGGUGGUGGCGGUGGUUUUGGUAGUGGAGGAGGUGCUGGUGGAGGCGGUGGAUUUGGUGGUGGAGCUGGUGGAGGCGGUGGUUUUGGUGGUGGAGCUGGUGGUGGUGGUGGCCUUGGAGGCGGUUCGGGUGGUGGGUUUGGUGGUGGAGCUGGUGGUGGAAUUGGUCAUGGUGGAGGUUUAGGAGGUGGUAUUGGCAAAGGUGGUGGCCUUGGUGGUGGGAUAGGAAAGGGUGGAGGUUUAGGAGGUGGUAUUGGCAAAGGUGGUGGCCUUGGCGGUGGGAUAGGAAAGGGUGGCGGUCUUGGCGGUGGAAUUGGAAAGGGUGGCGGUCUCGGCGGUGGAAUUGGUAAGGGUGGUGGUCUUGGUGGUGGGAUAGGAAAGGGUGGAGGCUUAGGUGGUGGAAUUGGUAAGGGUGGAGGCCUUGGUGGUGGAAUAGGUAAGGGGGGUGGAUUAGGUGGUGGCCACGGUGGGGGAAAAGGCAAAGGUGGUGGCAUUGGCAAGGGUGGUGGCUUAGGUGGUGGAAUCGGUAAGGGAGGUGGAUUAGGUGGUGGUCACGGUGGCGGUCUGGGUGGUGGAAUCGGGAAAGGUGGAGGAGUAGGUGGUGGGAUUGGAAAGGGUGGUGGAUUAGGUGGGGGCCACGGUGGCGGAUUGGGUGGUGGAAUUGGUAAAGGUGGAGGACUAGGUGGUGGGAUUGGCAAGGGAGGUGGUCUUGGAGGUGGAAUAGGCAAAGGUGGUGGAAUUGGUGGGGGUUUUGGCAAAGGUGGAGGUGGUGGUGGUGGAUUGGGAGGUGGUGGUGGAGGAGGAAUUGGUGGAGGUGGUGGUGCUGGUGGAGGUUUUGGCAAAGGUGGCGGAAUUGGUGGAGGCUUUGGGAAAGGCGGUGGUUUUGGCGGGGGUGGUGGAUUUGGAGGUGGCUCAGGUGGUGGGUUUGGCAAAGGAGGAGGAUUUGGUGGAGGAGUAGGAGGUGGUUCUGGUGGUGGAUUUGGUGGAGGAGGCGGUGGAGGUGGUGGUGGCGGAGGUGGAUUUGGUGGUGGAGGUGGGUUCGGAGGUGGCGGGGGAGGUGGAAUCGGACACCACUAAGCUUCAACGUUGCAUGCAUGGAAAUUUAAUAACAAAAACAUUGUUUCGUCCCGUUUAAAACAUAAUGGUAAAUGGUACUUCUAUUUAUUUAUUUGUACUAAAGAGUAUCAAAUUAAGCAUUAAUAUCAUCAUUUGCAGUUCAAGUUUGUACUCGCAUUUGAAUAUUUUUGCAAGUUCGUUGUGAUGUUAUUGAUUAGUAUAUUUUUCUCUCUCAA